UAGCACACGAGGAGACAAAAAGGAAUGUUUUAAGACGUCCGUGACAGUUGGAUAAAGCGACUCACGCGCAGACAACGCGCAGUCGUGUUGCUACCAAUUGUUUUUUUCACAACCUUGGAAAUGUACCGGUACAUCGUGCUAGCCAUUUUUGUGAUAGGUUGGGCGCAGUGUAACGUGAUCAAUGAAGAUGACGAAAAUGAACUCCUUAUGGCAUUUCUGGUGAACAGACACGGUGAAAGGACGCCAGAUUCUGAUGAGUUGUCUUUGUCAGAUCAACAGGAAAAGAUAAAGAAACUAACAAUCAUUGAGGGAUUGGAAGGAUUAACUAAUACUGGCAAGAGGAGAGCGUACCAAAUCGGAAAAUUCAUUAAACAAAGAUAUGGGCCGCAGGGCUAUGGUCUCUUAUCCAGUAUAUACCUUCAAGAUGAGAUAAUGUUAAGAAGCACUGACAAGGAGAGGACAAAAAUGACAGCUCAAAUGGCAAUGGCUGCUGUCUAUCCACCUGAUUCUGAGCAGCAAUGGGAUGAUGGGCUCGGCAAAGUCUGGCAACCUGUACCAUACACAGCCGUACCAUUGAAGGAGGAUUAUCUCCGUUACUACUCAAACUGCAAGCGUUUUAAAGAAUUAAUGGCUAUCGCGAAGUCUGAAUCACUGUACCAGGAAUUCAGACCCUAUACGGAGCUCUUCAAGUUGGUGCAGAUGACGACAGGAAAGGACUUCAGUGAAGAUCCGCUUCUUUUUGAGACCCUCUUCGAUUUGUUUAAGAGUCAGGUAAGCCUUGGUCUAGACAUACCAAACUGGGCAAAACCGGUUCUGCCGAAAUUGGGAGAAGCUGCAAAACUAGCGUACAGGCUUUAUUACAGAACAGAAGAGAUGAGACGUCUUGGUGGAGGUGUUAUAUUAAACCACUUCAUUGAGACGGCGUUAGACAUAAUUAACGGGAAGAACGUGACCAAGAGAUUCCAUAUGUACUCAGCCCAUGACUUCAACAUUGGAUCCCUUAUGGAAGUCACUGGGGUCUCCAAACACGAGCAACCAGUUCCAGAGUAUGGUGCUGUCUUUGGAUUAGAGCUCUUCCGUUCGAGGGUGACGGGAGAAUUUAGCGUGCUUCCGAUAUAUGUGGCGAAAGCCGGUGAAUCUUCUCUUCAAAAGUUGCACUUCACCUACUGCGACGCAAGGGAAAGUUACUGUAAUUUCGACAAGUUUAGAAAUUCAACUCGUCAUCAAGUUCUUCCAGAAUGGGAGUUCUACAGUAUUUGUGAUAUUAGGACUGAGCUGUGAUAGUAAUGAGUAAUUUAAGUUUACAAUUUUUCUCUACGUUCCUGUUGCACUGUAAUAAUUAACGCCUGACAAUUAAUUUAGAGCAAUAUGCUAAAGAGUCAAUCGUUACAUAAUAUGUUAGGCGUAUAAAUUUACAUUGUGCCUUGCUAUUAAGUUAAUUACUUUAUUAAUAUGUACCGUUAUAUUUUGCAGUUGCUGUGAUAUAGAGGUUUUAUAUUUCAUAAGUUUGAUAUUUGAUUCAAAACAAGAUCAAUUAAAAUAGCAAUAAAUUUUUCAUAGUCUUUAUUGAAUUCAUAGUGUGUAUUACGUCCUGUAUAGGAUAAUUUUAUAAGCCAUGUGUUUUUUUGUUUAUCAAGCUCGAACAACAAACUAUUGUUAGCACUAAUUUAAAUAAAUGACAUGAUAUGACAAUGAUAUUGUGCCAUGAAGCCAUGAUUUCUAUAGCCUAAUUGUUUUGUAUAAAUGAUUUUAUCAAAUAAUUACAUUUGUGAAUGUACCUACAUAAUAUUAUGUACUUAAAAGAUAAUAUUGAAAUAAAAUUGUGUUUUAUAUGAAUAAACUGAUCUAUUAAUUACGUUGUGCAUAAA